AUGUCUCUUCUAAUAAAUUUUUAUGCUAAUUUCCUACAAAAAGAGCCUAAAAGCAGUAAAAUUGCUAAUGUGCUAUUACAAAGCGCUAAAACUUCUGUAAAAAUUGGAAAUUGUAUGUUAAUAUAGGUUUAAUUUUCAUCUGCAGCAAUUACAAUUUCACUUAUAUUUGCAAGACCUGUGUCUUAAAAAUAUGUGUUACGAUCAUAGGUAUAAGCGAUGAGUGAUUAUGAUAAUGGGGAUGAAUAAGUUUGUUAAUAUUAAGCUAUCAGACCUUACUAUACUGAAGUAACUGAGUUUUGGAUUCUUAUCUCAUUAUGA